CUCAAUUAUUCAGGUCAGAAUAACAAUGGUGUUAAUCAUUUGGGUGUCUCUGUCGUGCCUGCUGGGACUCGUUCGGUGCUAUCAGGGCACAGACUUGAAUCCUUUUGAACUAUUGAGGCAAGAAUUAUAUGGUGCGUCAACAUGGGAAACCGCGUUGAGCUGGGAGAAGCCACAUGCUGUUUAUAUUGGGUCUCAGGAAGGACUGAAAGAGGUUGAUAGAGUUGGAAGUUUGCCUGGACAGCCCGGUGAUGGGGUGGAUUUUCAUCAGUAUUCGGGUUAUGUGACGGUUGAUCCUGAGGCGGGCCGAGCAUUGUUCUAUUAUUUCGUGGAGUCAGAUCGCAAUGCUUCGAGUAAGCCACUGGUUUUAUGGCUUAAUGGAGGGCCUGGUUGCUCUUCCAUUGGAAAUGGAGCUAUGAUGGAACUUGGCCCAUUUAGAGUAAAUAAAGAUGGUAACACCUUGGAUCCAAAUCAAUACGCAUGGAAUCAAGAUGCCAACAUCAUAUUUUUAGAAUCCCCGGCCGGUGUGGGAUUCUCGUACUCAAAUAGAACCUCAGACUAUAAAUUAAGUGGGGAUCUAAGAACUGCCAAAGACUCCUAUACGUUUCUUGUUAACUGGCUCCAAAGAUUCCCAGAGUACAAAACCAGAGAGUUUUUCAUUACAGGAGAGAGCUAUGCAGGCCACUAUGUACCCCAGCUUGCUCGCACUAUCCUUCAAAACAAUAAGCACAGCAAUCAAAUUACAAUCAAUCUAAAAGGAAUUGCAAUAGGUAAUGCUUAUAUUGAUUUUGAAACAACUAUGAGAGGGGCAGUUGAUUUCUAUUGGACGCAUGCACUUAUGUCGGAUGAAAUAUACCAUGGAAUUGCAUCCAACUGUGAUUAUUCCAAACUUAGUUUAUCAUCCAAAGAUUGUUUAGAAUUUGUGGAUAAAGCCAAUGACACUGCUGGUAAUAUAUAUACAUAUGACAUCUAUGCUCCCCUGUGCAAUUCGUCUUCAACUUCCAAUUCCGUGAGUAAAAUGAACUUCUGUUUUGUUUUACCCCUAUGUGUCAAGUUGGUGAAUACAAUGUUCCCUGCUCGGAAACAGGUGUCGGCUUUCGAUCCCUGUUCGGAAAAUUAUGUUCAUUCCUACUUAAACAACCCAGAAGUUCAACAAGCACUUCACGCAAAUGUUACUUCUCUUCCUUAUCCAUGGAAAUCCUGCAGUGGAGAAGUAAAUCGAAACUGGAAAGAUAGACCAUUAACAGUGUUGCCGGUCAUUAAGGAAGUAAUGGAAAGCGGAGUUCGGGUUUGGGUCUACAGUGGUGACACAGAUGGUGCCUUGCCUGUGACAUGUAGCAGAUAUGCCAUAAACAAACUGGGGAUGCCUGUUAAGACAGCCUGGUAUCCAUGGUACAUUCAUGGGGAGGUUGGAGGGUAUGCUGUUGGAUACCAGAACUUAACAUUUGUGACAGUAAGAGGAGCUGGACAUUUUGUACCUAGUUACCAGCCAGCUAGGGCCCUGGUGCUCUUCUCCUCCUUCUUAAACGGAAAGCUUCCGCCCUCUGCAUGCGGGUUCAACCGUUGAGAAAAUGUAAAAUGUAGCUGUCUUUGAUAUAUCAUGUUAACCGUACUAUGGGACAACCUAAGGAGUGCAUUUCAUCCUGUGAAUAGAUAGCUCAUCGAGCAUGUUCUAUUACUUUUUGGAGUCAUCAGAAAAUUCUUCCGGAAAGCAUGUUUUAUGGCUGAAUAGAGGUGCCAUAUUUAUCUAUGGUUCUGCAUCAAAAGAUAGCUUUUCGAGUUUAUUUUUGCAUGGUUAUUCAUUGUCUCACAUUAAUCAAUCCUAAUAUGCCAUA